UCGCAGAAUCCGAGAAACACGUUCGUGUAGUACAUACACGUCACACAAUGAAUGCCGUAGUUUGUGUACUAUAACGAGCUGCUUGCGCGAACAAUUGUUUAUCGCUGUGAUUCUUUUGGAUCUCUCUCGACUCGCGCGUCCGUAAAAUAUUUGACACGUGCGUAUAGUGCGUGACGUGAGAUCGUGUCGGACGAUCCCCCGAGCGUGCUAUCGUGUGAAGUGUGUCAGUGAAGGGACAAAGGGUGUCACGUAAGUGUGUGCGCCGCGAGCCCUCGGGAGGACUCGUCACGAAAGACUUCGAGAAAAAAAAAUUUUAAGAAUUAUAAAUGAUGACGAGAAAGUAAAAUUUUGUAUUUAGUGGUCUACCAUAUCUGCGUGACAAACUUUUUUAGAUAACUAUUAAAAAAAAAAAUUAUAAAGCGUAAAAGAUAAGAAAGUUAAAUCCGAUGAUAAACGAGAUCUUUUUUGACAGACUCUUGGCAGGUUUUGCGAGCAAAAGUAAAACGGUUACGCUGUAAAAAAAAAAAUCUAUCCAUAACUCAUCAUCUCUGCUUUCAGAAGGAGUGCAUAAAAGAUAAAUAACUAGGACGAGCGGCGAUUCACAAUCCAAAAAAAAAUUCCUUCGUGUUUUCAGAGACUCUCUAGAAUAGCUCUCCACAUAUGGAGCAGCCUGUGUUAUCAUUGCUACAUAAUCUCAAGGACUGUUUGUAAAGCCUAGUUUACGUCCCGGCCAGAUAGUUGACUGAGCUUAGGGUUCAAUCGAGGCAUUGCCAUGUGUCCCUUUGAUCGAUUUGUGUUAGGUGUAAGGGAGCUGGGUGUCACUACAGCGCGUGUAGGAGCUCCUCGGGACAGUGUGGACCUUCUGUUCGAUUCAGAAUCCCCGAACUAUCCUUGCUGUAUACUAUAUAGUCCUUUGCUACUGCGCUAUUAUCGUAAGAUGUACGAGAAACGCUACGAUACUUGGUCGUACCUCCUGCCGGAGUGCUCUCGCGCGACUCGCGACAUAGUAAUAAGCCUCUCUCUCGUGUUUGCGUUGCAGGCAGAAACCUUGCCUAAUCCUACGGUGGCAGCGAGUCCAGGUUGACUAUGGGCAGCAACACAGACGGUGACAAUCUGAAUCUCAGCUGUGGCGAGAAUGACAACGGUGACGAGUUGAGGAUUGCUGCGGACGAAACUUAUGACACUCGUAGCGAAGUCUCCUCUAGCAGUUCUAAUACCAGCAACUCGAGCCAUCCCACCAUCAGCACAGUUUCCAGCAAGUCCUCGCGCGGCGACAACAAACGUGGCAGGAGAAACAGGAAUAAGCGUGGUAGAUCUAGUAGAGAUUCCAAAUCAUCCAGUCCUGAGCCUAAGCGAGCCAGGUCCAAGGAAAGCAAGGGGACCACCAAGAGCUAUGACUAUGCCACCAAGUUGAAUUACUUAUUUAGAGAUGCAAGAUUUUUCAUCAUCAAGUCCAAUAAUGCGGAGAACGUGACACUAUCCAAGGCUAAGGGAGUAUGGAGCACACUGCCACAGAACGAAGCAAAUCUAAAUCAAGCCUAUAGAGAGUCGCGAAAUGUGUUGCUGGUAUUUUCUGUGAAGGAAUCAGGAAAGUUUGCUGGCUUUGCGAGACUUAGUGCAGAAUCGAGAAGAGAUGCUGGACCAGUUUCUUGGGUUUUGCCUCCUGGCUUAUCUGCAAAGGCUUUAGGUGGCGUAUUUAAGGUUGACUGGAUCUGUAGGAAAGAAUUACCGUUUACAGCUACAUUACAUUUGUACAAUCCUUGGAAUGAUGGCAAACAAGUCAAAAUCGGUCGAGAUGGUCAGGAAAUUGAACCUAGAGUUGCCGAGGAAUUAUGCAGAUUGUUUCCAGAAGACGAAGGAAUCGAGAUGACACCUAUUCUGCGUAAGUCCAAGGAAGCGGGAAAGCAUGUCGUAAAGUCGUCACGUUAUCGUGAUAAGAGACCCAUAAGCAGUUCCAGAUUUUUACGAAGAGGUGGACGGGGACGUAGACUGUUUUUGACUUCAAGAUCGCGUUUAGCCUCUCUGGCCAGAGGUUCCCAUGGCGUUGCGGGGGAUCACAGGGGCUCCAGAGACCACUCCUAUCGGUACACACCGUGGUUCAAUCGAGGAGAUUCACCUUAUACAAAAGGUUAUGGAGCUGGUCUAGGCGUUGCCGCGGUUGCAGAGGCUUAUGUGGCUGAUUACAUGCGUACCAUGCAACAUCAGUUGCCACCAUUACCGCCUUACGGUCCACAUCCGUACGAUGCUUUGCCACCACCUCCUCCACCACCAAGAUAUUAUGACGGUCUGCCACUGCCUCCGGAUUAUAGCGCGACAGCGUCAGCAUUGGAGAAGCGUAGUUAUGAGAGGAGCGUCGACGAAUUUUUGUGGAGAACGGCCAGUCGUCACAGUCGGCAUAGUGAUCAUCGUUCUUCCCGCGAUCAUCACAGAUAUAGAGAUCGCAGAUAAGAAAUGACUCCUUUGUUUCCUUAUCGGUCCGUCAAUUCCCAAAUCUUGCUUCAUUACUAAUGACAAAUUAAUAAAUUGAACAAUGACAUCGUUCAUCAUACUUGUAUGAAAAAUUCAGACAA